AUGUUACAACCUCUAAAAGCGUAUCGUUUUUUCAUAUCGAAAACGCAUGUAAAACUAUGUUAUUGUAAUUUCAUCAAACAUGACAUACAUAGUGUGGGUUUAAACGAUAUUCCUAAAAUCACAGUUACUGAUAUUCGCAAAUUGUUAAGACAAAAGGGAUUUGCUGUUCAGGAUGGCUAUACGUCUUUUACAACAAAAUGUGCAAUAUGUUCUGGAGAUGAAAAAAAGGGUGACAGUAAAAUCUAUGUUAACAAAAGAACCGGUUAUUUUGUUUGUCCCAAAUGUGAUGUUCAUGGAGAUUGGAAUAUUUUGGAAAGACUAGUAAAAAGAGCCAAAAUAGAAGCAACAAUAAAAGAUUACAUAGAGAAAAUGCAUCAAAAUGCUUGUCAAUUUCAAAAAGAUUGGCAAAAUAUUUUAGAUAAUACUAAGUCAAUGUCACAACUUAAUGAAAAGGAUGUCUUAGAUAUAUUUAGACUAUUCGAGUAUCCUUAUCAUCAUGAAGCAAAUAAAGUCAUGUCUGAUGUAAGGAUUUCUACUGAUCAUACAACAUUAUAUUUUCCUUUGAGAAAUGCAGUUGAAAAAGUAAUAGGAUAUCGUAAACUUCAAGCCGGGAGAGAAGAAGAAGCUGAAAGCCAUGGGAUGCAUUCAGCUGGUCUAUUCUGGUGCAAGGCUCAUAAAGUGAGUCAUAAUGCCCAGGCUAUUUUGGUCCCUAGUAUACAAGAUGUAUUACAUUUGGCAGCUCAUAAAAUUCCUGGUUCACUAGUAUGGCUGAAUAAUUGCAAUCUACCACCAGUUGUGCUUCCAACCCUUGAGGGAUAUCAAAAAUUAUGCUUAUGGGGUGACUGGGACAAUAUGCGCACGGUUGCUGAAAAAUUGGGCGAAGAGAGAUAUGGAUUGGUGACCGCAUCAGAAACAGCUGCUGCCAAUUUGUCCCUAAAAACCCUUGUAUCAGAGGCGAAACCUGCAGCCCAUCGGUCCAUAACUACCUUUUCCGCUUUGAGGGAUGAUGUCUAUGCGGAACUAACCAACAUUGAUAAGGUGCGGGGGGUAAAAUGGCGACGUUUCCCUGCCCUUACACGUUUGCUCGGCGGACACCGUCGCGGCGAACUCACCAUCCUCACAGGACCUACUGGCUGUGGCAAGACCACGUUGUGCGCUGAAAUGUCGCUAGACCUUGCGCAACAAGGGGUUAAUACCUUGUGGGGCAGCUUUGAGAUCCGCAACUCACGGCUAGCACGAACUAUGCUGCAGCAAUUCGCUGGAGUACCGCUUGAGCAAAACCUCCAGAACUUCCACAAAUACGCAGAUGAUUUCGAAAAACUUCCAAUUUAUUAUCUAGCUUUUCAUGGACAGCAACCAAUUAAAGUUGUAAUGGAGGCCGUAGAGCACGCACGCUACAUGCACGACAUUGCGCACGUGGUGGUGGACAACGUGCAGUUCAUGUUGGGCCUCGGCGAGGAACGCGAAGGUGACCGCUACCAGCGCCAGGACACUGUGGUGGCCGCCUUCCGCACCUUCGCCACCGCGCGUCACUGCCACGUCACGCUCGUUAUGCAUCCCAGGAAGGAACGUGAAUCUGAAGAUCUGUCUACCAGUUCGAUUUUCGGUAGCGCUAAAGCCUCGCAAGAGGCAGACAAUGUUCUAAUAAUUCAGGACAAACGGUUGACAGCUGUGCGCGGUAAAAAGUACCUGCAAGUUGCCAAGAACCGUUACAGUGGAGAUCUCGGCAUAGUUCCUUUAGACUUCGAAAAGGACUCUCUCAGUUAUCAGUCAAAGAAAAAGAAUAAAACAAAAGAAGACCCCGACAAGCUGCUAGACCAAUAUUUUGAGGCUUACUCAAUUAAUGAUCAAAAUUAUGAUAUAAGUGAAACCAACAAAAGUAAUGAAAUAAACAAAUCUCAAAAUAAAAAACAAAGUGCCACUACAUAUUUAAGUGGUAUUUUAAAUUUGAAUAGAACCAGUUAA